UUCAUCUACGGCUCCAAGAUGGCAUUAGCGCUGCUGUUGCUUCUCACACUGGUGGGCCUCUUCCAAGCCUCAGAAGCUCAAGCAUUUCACCUGGGGCAAUGCCCGAUUCCCCCUGUGCAGGAGGAUUUUGACAUAAAUAAGUAUCUUGGAAGAUGGUAUGAAAUUGAGAAGAUUCCCACAAGCUUUGAGAAGGGAAGUUGCAUCCAGGCCAACUACUCACUAAUGGAAAACGGAAACAUCAAAGUGAUAAACCAAGAGAUGAGACCUGAUGGAUCCAUGAAUCAAAUUGAAGGAGAAGCCACACAGAGCAACAUUACGGAGGCUGCCAAGCUGGGAGUGAAGUUUUUCUGGUUGAUGCCAUGGGCUCCAUACUGGGUCCUGUCCACCGACUAUGAGAACUACGCCCUUGUGUAUUCUUGUACCACCAUUGUCUGGCUGUUUCAUGUGGAUUAUGUUUGGAUCUUGGGAAGAAACCCAUACCUCCCUCCAGAAACAAUUACGUAUCUCAAAGAUAUCCUGACCGCUAAUAACAUUGACAUUGAAAAAAUGACCACCACAGAUCAGGCCAACUGCCCUGAGUUCCUGUAGUCAUUCACUCCCUCUAAUUUCUUACACCCCACAGCACCCUUACACUUCUGCCAAUCCCUGGUCCUGGUCCCCUUGGAAAAGCAUAGCAAAUACAGAAGGAAAUGUUGAUAGUGAGAGGCAGUGGAAAGGAGUUCGCUCAAACGCUUAGCCACAUACUUCAUGGUUCCUUAUAAGCCUAAUAAUAAACAUGCUGGUCACCUGCA